CAUUGUAAAGUACCAGAAAACCUGUCUUGUUGGCAUUCUAAAACCUGCAAUGGUUGUUUUGUAUGAUGACUUAGAAUCACUUUCUCACCAUCAGUACCCGGAUUACGAAGAUCAUCACAUGAAGAUGCUAGAAUUUGACCCAGAGUAUCACAUGGGGUCCGCUGAAAUUGUUUUUUCUUUAGUUUAUUUUUUGCUUGGGUUGUGCUUGGUUGCCCCACCAACAGAAUUUAUUCAUGCUGGCCUGACUGUUCAGAAUGUUUUAGCCAGUUAUCUUGGCAGUGAAGAGAUGAAUUUUAUUAACUACCACAUCAAACGGAGCACGGCGACAGCACUUUUUCAUUCAAUCAUUCCAAUAGGUUAUUAUGUUGGCAUGGCAUUGUUUGCACCACAUUUGCAUUUAUUUGAGUGGUCGAGGAUGACACUGAUGUGGCAACUCUACCUUGGUUUCUCCAUCCUGCUCCCAAUUUCUGUCAUCGCCUUGACGUACCACUGGUCAGGGAACCAAUGGGCCAACCAUCCGAUUGCAAAGACCCUCAAGUACCACACAACAAGUAACUCGUCCUGGCAGCCAGUAUCUUCUUCCAUCAAUAUCGAAUUCCGCCGCAUAACAAAAUUCACAGCUGGACCUCCGGGACGGAGAGUUAUUGUGACAGAUUCCUGGGUCAUGUUGACGUCAACUUAUAACGUUUAUAUUGCACAGCAGCAAGAUAUUCAUUUGACAUUAGUUGCGAGUGAAGAACAUUCUGUAACCCCGGAGGAAGGCACAGCUGGGGCUCAGAUUCUGAAUAUCAAUGUUGCUACAGUCAGGAAUAAUGUCAAGUCAUUUGUCAUCAGAUUAAAUGCCUUAGAAUACAGCGAUCUCCGUGAAAAGUUGUCCGCCCCGAUUAGAAAUGCCCGUAAUAUCGUCAUCCAUCAAUCGCUGAGUGAGCGAUUCCUGGUGGCAUUUCAGGAGCAAGUUGACAACAAUCCAACCGUCAGGAAGACAUCAAGUUUGGAGGUUGAGCAGUGUAUCGGAUGCAUGGCCAUUUUGGCCGACGUCAAACUACAAAAAAGGUGUCAUAACGCAGAUGACGGAGACUGCCGCCAGUGCUAUUGUCGGCCAAUGUGGUGUCUCUCCUGUAUGGGAAAAUGGUUUGCACAUCGCCAAGAGCAGGGACAACCUGAGACGUGGCUGUCUGGUAAAGCGCCUUGCCCGACCUGCCGGUCGACGUUUUGCAUGUUGGAUGUUUGCAGGAUCGUAUGACAGUUAUAAACUUCAGCUUCAAUUGACAUUCCGUGGCGUUUUGAGUUAACAUAACAAAUCAUGGAUUGGACGAUCUUUUAUAGCAAAGACAUUUCAUUUUGAUGGUGUAUGAAUGAUUAGGUUGUCUCAUCAAAGCUGGUUGUGAUGUAGAUGAGACAACCUGUCAAGCUACUCGUAAAGGAAUUAUGACUGUCUGGGUCUUGAUGCAAACAUGAUCACGGUGACUGUCUGGGUCUUGAUGCAAACAUGAUCACGGUGACUGUCUGGGUCUUGAUGCAAACAUGAUCACGGUGACUCUGGGUCUUGAUGCAAACAUGAUCACGGUGACUGUCUGGGUCUUGAUGCAAACAUGAUCACGGUGACUGUCUGGGUCUUGAUGCAAACAUGAUCACGGUGACUGUCUGGGUCUUGAUGCAAACAUGAUCACGAUGACUGUCUGGGUCUUGAUGCAAACAUGAUCACGAUGACUGUCUGGGUCUUGAUGCAAACAUGAUCACGAUGACUGUCUGGGUCUUGAUGCAAACAUGAUCACGAUGACUGUCUGGGUCUUGAUGCAAACAUGAUCACGGUGAACUCAAAACUAGAAGUUUUAUGUCUUGGUUUACUGUGUGGUUGGCCACAUUUGAAGCACUUUAAUAGAAGUGGUACAUUCCAAAAAGUUGGAGAAAUUGAAAUACGUAAUAUAUGUUAAAAAUUUAUAGAGAUUUUCUUUAACUUCUUUUAGAAAGUGCCAAAAGAUUUUGUUGUACUUGUCUGAAGACGUGAUGAAGUUAGUCCUUUCUUCCUGCAAGUUCAGUGUAAAUGUGUACUUGUCUGAAGACGUGAUGAAGUUAGUCCUUUCUUCCUGCAAGUUCAGUGCAAAUGUGCAGUUUCUGUUGAAAAGUGGCUGUGCAGUGAUGUCAUUUGGGCAUCCAGUUUUGAAGUCGAUCUGUGUCCUUGAUUCUGCUGAUGUCACAAUGUGUUGAUGACGUUGCCUCACUUCACUACUGCCAUCAUUUUCAGACGAUAACAUCAAUUCGAUAUCGAAAAUGAAUCCUUUUCUGUAAUUAUGGUGUCAUCUGCCUGGUCCUCUUUAUGAUUUCUGUUGUAAAAUGGAAAAUCAUGUAAUACUUAUGUGUCUGUUGUAUUUACAAUAUUCUUAUCUGUGGCAUCCUUGUAGUAAUUUGCAAUGAAAACCUUUUCUUAAUUUAGAAUUAUUGUAGUGAGGAGUUGGGUUAAGUACUGAGAUUAAUUCAGUUACUGUUACAAUAUCAAUUCAUUAAGUUUUACAGUACAAUUUUGAUGACUUGUAUGUGUACAUAGGCCUUUGGGAAGGGUGUUUUACUUGACAAUGUGACUGUACCAUAAGGAAAUUUCGUGAUGUACAUAAUUUGUUAUUAGACAAAAAUAAAGUUAUCACUUUAAGAAAUUUCA